GUUGAACCCCAGCCCUGCCGUGUAAAGACCGGCGCCGCCAUACCAUCCCCUAGGAAUGAAAUUAUAUAGCAUGAUAACUCCCAACGCCAUCGUUUGAGCGAAUGGUGUAAAUUCACUUAGAAAUUGAGAAGAAGCUGAGACUAGAUACGGAUAAGGCAAGUAUGGGUAACAAAAUCGAAGGAUCAUUUCAAUGAAUUUUCUGUCCAAAACUGACGAAGUCGAAAGAAACAUGCUCAGACGCACGUUAGGUCCCAUAAGUGUGAUCGGACAAUAGAGGAGCCGCUACAAGGAUGAAAUUUACAACCUGUGACCCUACUAUGGCGCAGCGAAACAGACUCGCCCGGAUCUCCCGUGAAAUAACCAUGUCAUGAGAAAAGCAUCGGACAACCAAACUCGUGAAUUUCUAGUUGCUUAAAUUUAAAAGAGGAAUUGGACCUUUUAUUGCAAAUCCCUUAAAGUCCUUUUAGGCCGUACACAUAGAUAGAGGAUGGUAUGGUGGGACCAACUGAAGUGAUGAGGUUGAUACGUGCUAAAGAACGGCUGGGAUAAUGGAUUGACAGACGACGGCGCUAGGCCGUCAGCGAUAUCGAGGAUUCCCAAGCCACACCAAGACCGGGAAGUGCUUCUAGCGUCCUAUAAGUAAUUAUCUAGGUAGUAAGUAACUAAGUAACCAAACAGGUAAGUGAUAAACAACCCGUUACGGGUAAACUAAAUCAAGGAAGCCAAUAAUAGCAGGCCAACGUCUCAUGAGGUUGUCGAAUCAAUGAAAACGAAAAAUAUGAAGCAACAUGUAUUUCAUAUUAGUUAGCAAAAAAAAAUUGAAUUGUAGAAAUAGCGAGCCUUCAUCUAAAAGAGGCCCAAAAUUAUAAAAAGCCGGACCUGUAGGCAACCUUCAUGUAACUCGUGUUAAGCACCAGCUAUCAUGUCUUCGUCGGUUGCCAUGGUAAAUACAAAUUUCAAACAUUUUGUAGCAACACAUAGCGUGAAUGAAAACACGGUCAAAUGCCCUGCCAGUACAGUAACAACACUCGCACUCCUUGGUGUGAACAAUACAACAACAUACAAAUAAUCUUGAGGAACAUUUGACAAACGGUAACUAUAGCUACAAAUACUUGUUAAUAUUUGUUGCUAGUUUAAGGAAGCUGAUAUUGGAACAGGGCUGUGAGAAUAUUUUUUGUAAAUUUCUGUAAGCUUGUUGGCUGUUGAUAAACGUCGCGAAAGGAACCAAUUUUCAAUAAUAGUAAAAUUCGUAAUGUAAAACGCUUUACUCGACUUGGAAGGCUGGUGUGUUUUGAAACGAAGUACACAUUCAGGCGCAUGCGUUUUAGUACAUGUUCUAAUUCCUUACCAGGACGAGGAAAGACGUGUUGUUAUUAUUCUUCUUAGGCAGGAUCCGUAAUGCCUCUGAAGAUGAGAACGUUUUUCUACCACUCUUCAGUGAUGAAGUAAAAACCAACAUUUUGCAGUGAGGAACAAACGUAUUUUGCAAUCCGCUAGAGAGGUUUCGCAACGCGUAUAGUAUGUGUGGUUAGUUUAAGAAACGCUUGAUUACUUGUUUGCACUCUUUAAAACUGUGUAAUAAAAGGCUGAUAGUACAGUCUGAUGUUCAGAAAUCAGUGACCGAUAAACCAUUGUUGGAUAAUCAUGGCUACUCCAUCAUAUAAUACUGGGUUCACGCAACCAGAGGAAGAAAUAUUCUAUUCGACGUAUGAGCCGACAAAAGAAGAAAUUAUAGAAUACGCAGUGAAAAUCGGCAUAGAUCCCGAAAAGGAAGCCCACAUAAUUUAUCUUGCACGGCAAGGAUUGCUACACCCCUUGCCGGAAAACUGGAAACCAUGUUACAGCAAGCAAGUCAAAGCAUACUACUACUAUGAUCGGAUUACAAAGAAAUCACAAUGGGAGCAUCCGAUUGAUGUGUUGUAUCGUGCGAAAGUGGUUGAUGCUAGGAAGGCCCUAGCUGUUGACCGAUCCGAUUCUACGUCGUUCGGUGAUUCUGGGUUUCGCAGUUUAAAAUCCAACAACAAUAAAUCCAGUGUCGCUUUUAACGCCAAUGAUCAACAUAAUGUGAAGGACCCGGAUUGUGGUGGGAGCCUUACUCCGGCAAACCAACAACAGCACAAGGGCAACAAAACCAACCAGGAUAUAAAGAAGACGGAACAGUUGGCUGCUGCUGCUGCUAGUGCCACUAAUUUCACCGCGUCGAGUGCCAUUGAUGAAAGUGAUUCCAACAAGGAGAACAACAGCCAAGAUGCUGCUGUCGGUGCCAUGAAACACAAAGGUAACUGUGAUUCAGAGAUCGCUUUGACGAAGAAGCUUUCAUUUAACAUGGACAGUAACAGUGCUCAUGAGGAGAACAGUGAGGUUAAGGAAACCAUAAAAAUGGCAAACGAAGGUAAAAUGAGCUCAUCGCUGUACGGGGGAUUCACCAUCACCGGAACGGGGUCGCAGUUUUUAAAGUCAAACAAAAAGCUUGAGUUCGGAAGCAUGGAUUUAGGGCGCAAGCCCGAAUCAGAGAUGAAAGGCAUUCUGCGCGACACAAGCUUGAGUUACGUGCGCUCGAAAAGCACUCCCAAUGAUGAUUCUGGAAAUGAUGAGCGGAAAAGUGUACGCUUUGAUAUUGAUAUCAAUACUGUAAGGUCAGCAAACGAAAUGAAAGCAGGGAUGAUAGAUGCUGAUACGACGCUCGGUCAGAAAUAUGAUGAUGAUGACGAUGACGAUGACGAAGCAGUCGGCAACGUUUAUGGAACUUAUGGUGGGGACGAGCGCUUGGAAGACCACGAUAAAGACGAGGACGUCAGUGGGGAUGGACUGAAGCAAAGUUCUUCGGAAUCAUCGGAACCAGGUUCGGAGGUAUUAACAGGAGUUGGUUUAACGAUCGCAAAUGAAGGCAAACCCAUUUCUAACGCAGCAGUAGCAUCAAUACCAAGAGCAAUGAACAAUGCUGUACCGGACGAUCCAGAGCUGGAUUCGCUACGAUUUCUCCGACAUUCAAUCGACCAGGAACGGGAACGCUACAAAGCGAAACUGGAAGAGGAGUUGCGGUCUCUCGCCCAACAGGAAGAGAGCAAACUUCAAACCGAGCUAACCAACGAGCGCAAUCGAUACGAAGAACUGCUCUCGAAAGAAAGGCUGCGCCUUAAGGAGCAACAUCAGCAAAAUAUUGAUGAAAUCAAAGAAUUUUAUCAGGCAAAGCUAAACGAACUGAAGGCCGACUAUGAAGAGGAAAAUAACAAAGAAUAUGCCAUGUACCAGGAGACAUUACAGGAAGAGUUCGAUCGGCGCGUGAAGGAAGUGACAAACACGCACAAGGUAACGAUGGCCAAUUUGCAAAAAAAUCACGAUGAAAUCGUCGAAGAACUGGAGCGUGAUUUGAAGAUGGAAGAGGAGCUGCUCAAAAAAGAGCACAGUACCAACCUGUCGGAGAUCAAAAUCAAAUUAACGCACGAGCUGGAGAUGGAACGGCAGCGUAUGCGAGAGACCGGCGAGGACCGGCUGUACGAGAAGGUGCGCUGCGAAAAGCGUUUGUUGGAGGACAAGUACAAAUGUUUGAAGGAAAAGUAUACUCGCCUGAAGACGGAUGUUCGCAUUUCCCUAGAACGCCGCAAGAAAAGGCGUGAACAGCAGCAACAACAGCAGCAGCACAGUUUGCUCAGCAACAGUUACGAAACGGACGAUCGCACCAACUCCAAACCAUUGCCAUCAUACUCCUACGAGAUUGGAAAAGGCAUGUCCGGAUCAUCAACGACAGCCAAACAUAUGACGAUGUCGGAGAAAAUGAUGCUCAGCCACCCAUCCCAAGCCGUGCCCUCCAAACGAAUGCUCGCCACAGCCGAUGGUCAUGGAGUCGAACUAAAACACAACGUGCUACACUCCAACGGCGCUGCUGGUCCGGUAGAAGCCCGCAAAUCGGCCUUCUUGCUGAACAAUACCAAUAACAAUAAUAACAAUACUCUGAAACAUCAGGUUGACGAUUCGAGCCAAAGUGAGACCCGCUACUCGAAGCACUACUUCCAAGUGAAGAACAUAUUCGGCAGCAUUCAGCAUGAGGAUAACUUUAGCUCCGACUCCGAGUUCCAUAAAAUGAGUUGCGACAAUGGAGGAGUGGAGAAUUCCUGCAGUAGUUCCUUUACGGGUGCUGUCUCGGCAGCCGCACGUCCAAAGCGAAAGAUCUUCACAAAAACCAAAUCAUCUUCCACCUCGAAAUUGAACUCGACUAAGCACGAGCGGGAGCCAGGCACCAAGGCUUACACGCCCGUGGAAGCUCUACGCAUACAACUUAAGAAGCUGGAAGAGUUGGAGGACCAAAUACCGGACUGUAAUCUCGAUGCACCGUACCAUUUGCGAUAUCCAUUUAUUAAUAAUAUAACGAACGUCGACAACUUGAAGCCAAACGCUGCUAACGCUUGUGUGCACGGCGAAACAGGUGAAGCUGAAACAGCGACCACUACCGACCGAAGCGAGUUAGAGUUCUUCAAGCAUCGCAUUCUGCUCGAACGAGACUCUGUGACGCGAGCGAAAGAAUCGUUGCGUGCACAGAAAAAUAUAUUCAAAUCCAAACAACGUAACGUUGCGGUCAAGCAUGCAACUAAGAACAAGCAAACGGUGGAUCAAAUAUUUCAUGAAGAAAAAGAGUUAACCGAGAUGGAAGUGUCGCUGCAUCGUACACGAGCAUUGCUCGGAGAGAAAGUAAUACGGUUACGGCACCUUGAAAAUUCAUUACAAAAACUUUCAGAAAAAGAGCACCCCAUGCGGCCAGGUACCCGAGAUAUGCCACUGCAGAAGCAGAAAGAAACUCUGAGCGAUUUGUCAUCGUAUUCGAGUUCGGGUUUCAGUAGCACUGAUAUACCUACUACCGAACAAUACGGUCGCCUGCAGACGAGAGCAGCAUCCGGAAGAAAUGCCGAAUCCACCGAUACAAUUGUGUGCUUGAAGCAUUUGCACAGCGAGAUACAGGAAAUUUGGAGUUUGCUGAAUCCAGGCAGUGGCGGCCCACCCGUGAUGCGGUUUGGAGAGAUGGACUUUCUUAAUAACACCGCAACGCUACAGUACAAUGCAAUGUCCGGUGGUAAACAGUGCUGCGACAUUGUUCUACCGCAGACAACUGCAACUUCAUCCUUUAGCCAGACGCCAGUCGCCAUUUAUGCAGCAGGGCAGCAACCAUCUCCUAAUUAUGUGCAAAACCAACAUCAUUACACGAUCUCUUUGCUCGAGAAGACUCGAGAUCUUAAAAACUGGCUUCGACAAGCAAAAACUGAGCACGAAGUCUUGAAAAAACAAUCCCAUGGCAGUUCGGAGACGGGCGUUCAAAAUAUUCACAUUUAAGGGAGGAUGUUGAUGUGCGUUACGUACUAAGUGAUUCGUUUAUCGUUAAAGCUGUCGUUGCUUACGAGCACCAAAAACAAACCAAAAAGCGGUAUACUUUAAAGAUAUGGACACGAAAACAUACUCCACCUUUAAUGAGCAGAGCACGUACAUCAUUUUAGUGUAAAUCUUUCCAUUUUUCGACUAAACAGUGAUAUUUAUAGAUAGAGGUUUGAUGUUGAGUUUUGAGUUCAUUCGGUCUGGUACGAAGAAACUUUGCUGACUCUAGUCCAGAUAAUACAUGAGUGAAGGUGUAAUCGGUCCGAUAUUAGUUUUCAAAAAUCAACAACUUUCGUCCUUGGCAUAUUACAGUGGGAGGCCAACUACAAUUGUGAAUUACUUCUAGUCAAAUCGUAAACCCUCCAGUCUGGCAAACAUUGGAACAAUUGCCGUUUCGAGUUUUUCUUUCUGGAUACACGUGUCAACGAACAUAAUUCAUUCCACAUAUUGAAGUGUUCGAACUUUCCGUUAUUCUUAUGAUUUGUGAUAUUAUUACGCAUUGAUAAUGCUAUUAGGGGGUAAUGACAACAACAUAAGGAUUAAACUACGAUACGAUAGUAAAUACGACAAGGGGAGAACAUGAUGCAGGAGCAGUUCACUAAGAACUAUGCGACGAUUGACUGAGUGAUGAUUAAAAGCAAAAGCAGGUUUAACGUCUGUGAAUUAAGUUUUCACUGCGAGGGAUGCCUUGGGCAGAUAUAUGCCUAGGGUAGCAAGCAGUGAAACCUAACCGUCCCUGCUGAAAAUAAAUGCUUAAAGAUUAAACAUUUUGCCACAAAUUUUACAACCAACCACCCAAUGCCCCACUACCGCCCCUCCAAUUGUUAAUUCGGCCGGCAAACACAGUCAACGUUAGUCUCUAGACCAAACUUUAAAUCGUGUGUAUCGUGUGUCUGUGUGUGUGUGUAUGUUUGCCUAGCAUUAUGAAACUCACCGUAAUAGGAACACUCCACGUUUGAAAGUAGAAAAUAAACGUUUAGCAGCGUUUCAAUCAAACAGCAUGCAUUACCCCAAAACACUGUGCGUGAGGCAAAGAUAGGGAAAGUGCAGAACGCAUUUAACUUAAUUUAUUCAAACACUAACCACGUGUAUAGUAAAGACGGCAAUUUUAUGAUUGGAUUUCUUCGCAAACAUCAUAUGUACGUAAAGUUCAAUACAAAAAAUACUCUAACGAAUUACUCUCACGGCAACACAGUUUAUUGAAAACAAAACGAAACAUGGGCGCAAAACCGCAAACGGAGAGAGAAGUACGCGAUUGCAAACGUUUGAAAUGUUCUGAAAGCAGUACACGCAACUCGAUAACUUUACUAACAAGACAAAUACAGAAGUGUUUAGUUGAUAUUGUAAAAGCGUCCAUUCUUUUUGUAGGCUCCUGAGAUGAAAUGGUAAACAAAGCUGAUUGACAUGGUUAUAUAGUAGCCGAUGAUAUUGGGCUAGUUUAGCGUUUCAUCUAAGGAGCCUACAAAAAGAAUGGAUGCUUUUACAAUAUCAACUGAAAGCCCCCCGUAAUUCCUUAAUUCAGUGCAAAGUAGAGGCAAGUUUGCAAAAACCGAAAAACAAAGAAAACCAAGCCAGAAAUUAAUACUAUACUAACCAACAAUAGUGUAUCUAGUCUAUAGACUUACAUAAAGUUAAUGGGCUCAAGUGUGAAAUAAGAAUCCCUCGCUCACGGGCACUCACUUUUUGGAAACUUAGUUACUCUUGGUAUCUUUUUGCUGCUUUUUACUAUUAGUAUUUAUUUAUUGAUUAUUUAUUAUAAUUAUUAAUUAUAUUUAUAAACAAAUCACAUUUUGGUCUAACCUACAACUACAUUUUAGCUAUCUCAUUAGAGAAAAGUGAGUGCCCGUGAGUCGCGAGCGGAGUCUUUAUUCAGACUUUAACCAGGUAAAGUUCGUUUCAGCCGAUGAAGUAAAGAAUGCCACCAAAAAGUAGUAGCAAAAAAAUACAAACACAAAGUAAUUUAUCAAUGUCAUUAAUAAAUUUAAAAACCCCACAAAUCGAAAUAUGAUGAACGCAAUUCAGAUUGUUGUAGGAGAAACAGUUGCACAAUGGAUCAACUUGUUAAGUUAUUUUGGGAUAGUUUCUUUAAAUAGAUACACACAUUCUAAUAUACACACUGUUUUUAAGCUGUUGGUUUCUGUUACUUGACGUGUUGUUUUUUUUUUGGUUUAAAAAGCUUGACGGUUUGCCAAAUUACAAGCCUCAUAUCGCAUAACGACAAUCAGUCGCACACAAUUCAAAAACAAAUCUGAAGAGCCACAACACUACUCACUUUCCGUUUCGGGAUGAUCGGGUGAUCUCUAGUAAAAUCAAUGCAAUCUACUAACUUUUGAGGAUUAUGCCACGCCGUUCGUUACAUACGAUCGUCCAGUCCAAUGUGGCAACUGUUGAUUUAUUUGUUGUGGCCUAUUGCCAUCUAUUGUGUUGCUUGCUUACCACGCAAAAACCGAAUGUACCUAUAAUUUAUGCUUUCUUUGCGUUUCAACCUCCGUUUUAUUUCAUUUUAUUUUAUUUUUCUAAUCGAAUGAGAGCGUAUGUGAUAUUUGAUGGAAUAGAAAAUAUGAUAAAUAGCCAGCAACAUUUUCCCAAAUCUGAGCACUAAAUUGUGUUACUGUGAAACUUUAACUUACCUAUAGUACAUUGGUGGACCAUGACCUUAAUGAAUGGAUAGAAUAAUAAAUGACACAUGCAUAUUUGUUUCCAAGUUCUGUAGCAAACGAAUAAAGCUGUCUUUUAAAUUAA